AUGCCCGACAUCUACCUAGUUAUUGGCGGAAGUGGCUUCGUUGGCAGGCACAUUGUCCAGCAACUUCUCGACCGCCAUGACACUGUCGCAGUGCUAGACAUUGUCCAGCGCUACCAUGACGUCCCCUUCUACCCUGCAGACAUCACCGACCAAACUCAGGUCGCUGAUGUUCUCCGCAAAACUGGCACCACUUGCAUUAUCCACACCGCCUCUCCUCCAGCAGCCCUAAAACUCGAAGACUCGGACCUCUACUAUCGUGUAAACGUUGGCGGUACAAACGCAAUUAUUGCUGCCGCCAUCGAGACUGGCGUGCGCAAAUUGGUCUUCACCAGCUCUGCGGGUAUCGUCUUCACUGGCGAUGACCUCAUUGACGUUGAUGAGCGGACACCGCUCCCCAAGGUGCCCAAGAGUGCUUACAACGACUCCAAGGCACAAGCCGAAGCUGCUGUCCUCGCCGCCAAUGGGAAGAACGGACUUCUCACUGUGGCGUUGCGGCCCGCGGGUAUUUUCGGCCCAGGAGAUCGUCAAGUAAUGGCUGGGAUAUACCAGGUCUACGAACGCGGUCAAACCCACUUUCAAAUUGGCGACAAUACAAAUUUGUUUGACUGGACCUACGUCGGCAACGUCGCUGCGGCUCAUUUGCUUGCUGCCGACAGAUUGGACGACCCAUUACCUGGACCACCGCUGUCUGAACUCCCCGAACCUCCCCAAUAUCCCGAAGAGGUACCACCAUUGAACCAGAAAGAGGCUAGCAUUGUCCGCAGCAGCCUUCCCUCCAUCAGCCUGACCACUGGCGCUCAUCGCAUUCCCACUUCUCAAGCCCGUCCGCUCGGUCCAUGUGUCACACCCCCUCCAAAUGCUGAUGCAAUCCAAGCAGCUUGGAGUCGUCCAAUCGCCACAGAGCAACGGCCAGCAGUUCGCACCAGAUUCGAUGCUCUAUCCGAGUACUCAAUUGCGCGAGCAAAAUUAGCCGACCCGGACAGCUCCCCACUCCAAGUUGCCGGCCAGGCCUUCUUCAUCACCAACGGCGAACCUUGUUAUUUCUGGGACUUCACCCGGCUCAUAUACCACCAUCUGGACCCACUCUUCCCCGAGCAAGCUGAAGCCCGCAAAAAGAAACGGCUGUGGGUGUUACCGAGAGAACUAGGCAUGUUUUUUGCAAGCGCUGCUGAGUGGUGGGGCUGGCUACGAGGGACGGACCCAACUUUCACGCGAUUCAAAGUCUCGUAUUCGUGUGCUCAUCGAUGGCACAAUGUCGAGAAAGCACGGAGGUUAUUGGGCUACGAGCCCAAGGUUGGCGUUGCGGAGGGUGUCAAGUUGAUGGUGGAUUGGUGGAAGGAGGAGCAUCUGGCGGCUGCUCAGAAAAAGUAG